AUGAUGCAGAGAUACGCGAAAGAUCAGCCACAAGGCUUUUCUAAUUGCAUUUCAAGAGUGGCUAUUGUUGGGGCCGGUGGCACAGUGGGAAGACAUCUAGCAGAAGCGUUACUCAAGACUGGGAAGCACGUCUUGACAGCUAUUACUCGUCCGUAUAGUACCAAUAUCCUACCGCAAGGCAUGCAUGUGGUCCGCGUCGACUACAACGGUGAUGACGACGCCGCACUCGUGGAGGCAAUGCAAGGGCAACAGGUCCUCAUCAUCACAAUGGCAGUCACGGCUCCACGAGGAACAAUCAACAACCUCAUUCGCGCUGCGUCAAAGGCUGGUGUUCCCUACGUCCUGCCAAAUUGGUUUGGGCACGAAGUCGCCAACAACAGCCUCUGUGACGACAGCAUGCUAAGCCCCAGCCGCGACAGCGUACUCGCCGAGAUGAACACACUCCCUAAUACCAGCUGCAUCUUCCUCGUCUGUAACUUCUGGUACGAGUUCAGCUCAGGUGGCGGACCUGAUCGUUUCGGGUUCGACUUCAAGACGCGCUCCUUCAUACAGUUCGAUGAUGGCAACGUGCCAUUGAACACAAGCACCUGGCCUCAGUGCGGUCGAGCUAUCGCCAGGUUGCUGAGUCUCAAGGAGAUCCCUGAUAGUGGAACCGAUCGCUCACCUACGUUAUCGCAGUUUGCCAAUAGUUCCAUCUACGUCUCGAGCUUUCGAGUCACCCAGCUCGAUAUGUUUGAGAGUGUUAAACGUGUUACUGGAACUACUGACGAGGAUUGGACCAUAACAAAAGAGUCUGCUGAGCAGUGCUGGAAGAAGGCCCAUGCCGCUGUCCAGCAGGGUGACUUUGCACAGUUCCCCAGACAGCUUUAUAGCCGCAUGUUUUUCCCUACUGCAGAUGGGGACUACCAGUCUCGUCGUGAACUUCACAACAAGCUGCUUGGGCUUCCUGUUGAGAGUUUAGACGAGUACACGGCGAUCGCAAUCAGGAUGGCGGAGAAUGAUGAGAUUGUUGGAUAUCAUUGA